CCGGGUCUCUUGUCAGAGCCCGCGCGCAGCCGGACACGCGCUCCACUCUUUAUUAGUCGGUGUCCGCGACAGGCGCCCUGUGUUUUGAAGUGGUCCCCAGCAGGCAUGUCUGGCUCAACUACCCCCCCUCCGUCGGCGGAGGUCGUAGGAGCCGAUGGGUGUUUCCCCCCCGGAUACAAGCCUUUCAAACCCGAGGAACACGGCCUGGAGCGCGGGUUCCGUCUCACGGCGUUUUCGGACCUGAAAGGAUGAGGCUGCAAGGUCCCGCAGGAGGCUCUGCUCAAACUCCUGGCGGGACUGGAGGUGGACCGGGCCGACGGGACAGGGAAGGCCGGAGACCAAGCGUUAGAGUUCGGCCCUCGACUCGGCGUGGGGAUGGACUGCUGUGUGAUUCCACUGAGGCAUGGGGGGCUCUCCCUGGUCCAGACCACAGACUUCUUCUACCCUCUGGUGGAGGAUCCCUACAUGAUGGGUAGGAUAGCGUGUGCUAACGUCCUCAGUGAUCUCUACGCCAUGGGCAUCACAGAGUGUGACAACAUGCUGAUGCUCCUGAGUGUCAGCCAGAAGAUGAAUGACAAGGACCGGGAGCGGGUGAUGCCGCUGAUGAUUCAAGGGUUCCGUGAUGCAGCAGAGGAGGGGGGGACUUCUGUGACAGGUGGCCAGACAGUGAUCAACCCCUGGAUCAUCGUAGGAGGAGUAGCAUCCGUGGUCUGCCAGCCGAACGAGUUCAUCAUGCCCGAUGGGGCUGUACCUGGGGAUGUCUUGGUUCUAACCAAACCUCUGGGGACGCAGGUGGCUGUGAAUGCUCACCAGUGGCUGGAUCAGACUGAAAGGUGGAACAAGAUCAAGCUAGUCGUCACAAAAGAGGAAGUCAAAGAGGCCUAUCAGGAAGCCAUGUUUUCUAUGUCAACGCUCAACCGCACAGCUGCAGGCCUAAUGCACAAGUUCCAGGCCCAUGCUGCGACAGACGUGACCGGUUUCGGGUUGCUGGGACACGCAAACAACCUGGCAGCACAGCAGCGAGACGAGGUGGCCUUCGUUAUCCACAACCUGCCAAUCAUAGCCAAGAUGGCUGCCAUCAGUAAAGCCUGUGGGAACCGGUUCAACCUGUUGCAGGGCACGUCAGCGGAGACUUCUGGCGGGCUGCUGGUGUGUCUUCCCAGAGAGCAGGCGGCCAAGUUCUGCUCUGAGAUGAAGAGCCAGAGCUCAGCAGCUGGAGGUCAGGGGGCGGCGGGUGGAGCGUGGAUAAUCGGCAUCGUAGAGAAAGGGGACCGCCACGCUCGCAUCAUUGACAAGCCCCGCAUCAUCGAGGUUCCUCCGCGAGGAAGCCAGACAGCCAAUCAGGAAAACAACUCGGCCAGCCCUAGCCCCAACCUCUCGUAGUGUGUGUGUGUGUGUGUGUCUCAGUGUGUGUGUGUGUGUGUGUCAUUCUCAUCCUGUCAAAACACUGAAAGCACACCGACUACAUUCCCUGCCAUCUUUUCCGGCAGGAGUGCAGCUCCAUCUUAGCUGGGCCGACCUGUCACCAGUUUUCUAUACAUCAGCUUUUACUAGACCAACCUUUUCUUUUGUUAAGAGUACAUUCCGUUCUUGCCAGUCAAUAAUGAAUAAUUGGGUGUAAAUGUUCUGGUAUGUCAUCAUUGAACUGGGCUGCUUUGCGGUAGCGACGUGGAACAGAGGUGUUUUUCUUCAAGUGGAUGAUGAUGAUGAUGACGAUGGUUGUUCAUGUCCGUGAAUGUAACACAUAGAACUGGCACCUGGCUACGCCCACACGGCCCAGAGGAUGGCCUGAGCAGCUUCCUUUGGGCUAGCUGGGUGUUUCAGGAUGCCUGUCUGUGUCAGCUGAUUGGCUGACCAGCACCAAGCCCCUCCCACCCUUUUUAUGAAGCUCUGCCUCUAAACCCCAGCCAAUGGGGGCGGUGGAGUGGAUGUUUGCCUUUUGGAUUGGGGUCGGGCUCAGGCUGCUGGAGGUCUGAAGCUCUGUGUUGGUAUAUUUCCUGUCUUUCACAAUCAAUAAAACCCUCAUCAACUCAGACACA